AUGACAGAUUCUCUGGUGCCUAGAAGGUCUGCAAAUAAUCCGUUUAAGUUUCCGGCAGGGAAAUCCCAAUUGCUGUUUGCUAAAUCUAAGGUAUACAUCCACCCCACGAAAUCAUCCAAGGACAACAUCCCAGGCUAUCUGACCAUCACAAGACCGUUCAAGGACUGUUCAAAUUCUGAUUUAUUGGUGGCAUUUCUUCCAGAAGAGGGCUUGAAUAAAGAUGAUAAAAGUACUCUCGACUGGUUUGACUUAUAUGGCUUGCAUGGAGAAGAUGAAGGUUUGCUCAGGCCUCGUCGGAUAGCAGGAACCGAAGUUACAGAGAGCAGGCUGGAUUCUUCCAAUGAGCCUGUGAAGAAGGUAUUCAUUAAUAGACCACCCCUUUCGUCGCUUAUGACCUACGCCUUUGGUGUGAGUAUCUCGAACAUGUUCAGCAUCCAGGUCAGACCCAAGGCAGAUGGAAUGUGGUGGGGAUCGAUAGUGAUUCACACCUCAGCCGGUGAAAAGGUACCUGUACUGUUUUUUCAUGAUGACGAGUCUCCCGGAACGAUGAGAGAGGAGAAACUGAGAAGGCAAAACUUUGAGCCGUUUGCCACGAAUAGUUCCUCCACGGGAAAUUCGGUUGUGUUUUACUGGGGUGGUGAUAGCUUUGUGACUGUUCUGAAAAACUUCUGUGUUCUGGAAGAGUCUACAUUGGAGCGGGGUGUGUUAUUGGUCAAUCCAACAAGUGAGGAUCUGAGGAAUUUCAUUCCCCAAAAUGUGGCAGAUGCCAAGGUGAAAGAUCCCUUCAAGCAGGCUAGUCAGAAUUUCGAGAGUUUCAUCACGGAUGCUAAGUGGAAGAUUUUGGGUGGCUUGGCUUCUGUUACUAAACUAGCCAGGAGGAAAGUUCACGACGUAAAGUCUGAUAUUCCAGAGCCCAUAUUGAAGCUGUUAAGCAAACCUGAAGUUAAAGCCAUCGGUGACGAAUUCGACAGUGCCAACGUUUUCCUUGCAAAAUGGGCCCUUCAAUUACAGGAGCAGGCGGAGCAAACACGCAAGGUGGUCAUAUUGGAUGAUGCAUAUCGAAAACUGAUCCAGGAGGAACUGGGCGAGAGUCUAACCAGUUUGACUCCGCAAGAGUUGUCCAAGGCAACCAGGCGGAAAGCUGUGUCCAAAGUAGAGUGGGACUCGUUUUUCGACCAUACUGGUAGUCUUCUGAUCACAGUUGAUGAAGUCAAGGAGAGAGUGUUUCAUGGGUGUCUGGAGGACAAAGAAGUUCGCAAAGAAGCAUGGCUGUUCCUAUUGGGUGUAUAUCCAUGGGACACCUCGAGGCACGAAAGGAAAAUGCUUGACCAAACCUUCCUGAGUACCUAUAAUGGCUUCAAGGAAAUUUGGACAACAGACUUAAAGAGGCAACAAGAAGACGAGUUCUGGAAGGAUCAAAAAUUUCGAAUUGAAAAAGACAUUAAGAGAACGGAUCGCGAUAUUUCAAUCUACAAAGGCAAUGGUCCUGCGUCAGAAGAGCGUACUACCCCUGAUAGCACCGAGGAUGGAGCAACUGCACCUGAAACCACUAAUGAUGAUGACGAUGAUAGCGAUGUUUCCAUCAUCCGCAACCCUCAUCUAGACAUACUGAGAUCCAUCUUGAUCUCGUACAAUGAACUGAAUACGAACCUCGGUUACGUGCAAGGUAUGACUGACCUUCUAUCUCCUAUAUACUUUGUCUUAGAAGACGAGUCGUUGGCUUUCUGGGGCUUUUCAAGGUUCAUGGAAAGGAUGGAGAGAAACUUUGUGAGAGAUCUGUCAGGAAUGAAGAAUCAGAUGGAGGUUUUGAACGAAUUGGUCCAAUUCAUGUUGCCCGAUUUAUAUAUCCAUUUGGUGAAGUGCGAGUCUAACAAUCUGUUCUUCUUCUUCAGAAUGCUGCUCGUUUGGUUCAAACGGGAGUUGUCCUAUGAAGACACCAUGAGAUUAUGGGAGGUGUUGUGGACAGACUACUAUUCAUCGCAGUUUUUCCUGUUCUGUGCUCUGGCAGUAUUGGACCAGCACUCCAGGAUCAUGAUUAACAAUCUCCAUGCUUUUGACGAGGUGUUGAAGUAUAUGAACGAUAUAUCAGGCCACAUCAAUCUGGAACAGAUUUUGCUGAGAGCAGAGUUGCUGUUCUUGAAGUUCAGAAAUAUGGUUGCCAUUGUGGAAAGAGAAAAUGCACAUGAAGGAAUUCAUGGCCUACAGAAUUCAAAUGGUGAAGGUCUCACGCCUGUCAGUCCUCAAUUGAGAAAGCUGUUGUCUCGGGAAUUGGUGAUUCAGAAGGAAGUUCCCAGGCCGGCUGGUGUUGGUGGUGGCUAG